AUGACUGGCUACCGACAACCAACCAGAUUACCCAAGGUUGCCAACUGUAUUUCAAGCAUGUAUCCCACUUUCUUCCCUUUCUCCAUCAGCCGACCAUAUCAGUAUGGUGUAGAUCCAGAUCGUAGCGAUCAGCAAGGGUCUGGUGUGAACCUAUCAGAGAGGUGCUACCAUCGUGCUCGAGAUCUCGUGUCUGGUGAUGAUAAUGGGCCAGAUAGCUCAACAAGCACCCUUUCGCUUGUGCAGUCUCUUCUUUUACUCGAGGUGUACGCCAUGAUGUAUCUUUGCGGCAACCACUCGGCGUAUGGACUCAAGACUCACACCAGGAUGAUCUCUCUCGCCCGAUCGAGUGGUUUGUCGAUUCCAUUACCGAACGAACUCACGUCCAAACCACCGUGCCUUAAUUCCUUGUGGCACACAUUCAUCGAGGCCGAGUCGCACAAGAGGACCCUCUUCGCUGCUCAUCAGAUCGACACGCUGUGGUAUCAGUUUCUCUCGAUACCUCGACAAUUCUCACAUCUCGAGAUCAAGCACGAGCUGCCCUGUCCCCAGGAUCAGUGGGCGGCGCCUUCAGCAGCGGAGUGGGCGCAUAAAAGACUAGUUGCCGUCGUCCCUGGGCCACCAGUCCAGUAUCCCGAUGCUGUUCGACUCUUUUUAUCAUUGGCAUCAGAUCCCAGCUCCUUUCCCUCGUUCGACCCAUAUGGUGCCAUAAACGUCACCCAAUUCCUUGCAUCCAGUGCCCAAGAAACAUCUGGCUGGAGUGCCAUGACAGGGAUGAUCAGUACGGAGAGGCUUGAACCAUUGCGGAAGUCUCUCGACGCAUUAGGCCCUGUUGUUCAGUCCGAGGAAGAGUCGGAGCAGGGAAACUGGCCCCGUGGAGCGUUAUGUGAGGCUACCUGGCAGUCUGCCAUGAUCGAUGUGAGGAUAUGGUCGCCAUCGCAUACGUGUGGCAUCGUGGGUGGGACCAUGGAUGCAGUCUUGCAGCAGACGACAUAUUUGGCGCCAUCGUGCGAAUUUCUCUGCGAGUCCAAUACUGCGCAAGUCAUCAAGCCUCACAUCGACUGGUUUCUCACAUACCUCGAUUCACCCAUAGUACCCGACUCGGAGGCGCCUUGGAUCAUGCUGUACGCCUUCAAGGCUUUCGUAAUCGCCUGGCAGUUGAUCAAGGGCAGUACACUAGGAACGAUGCAGGUUGUCGGCGUUGAAGAUGGAGAUGCCAAUGGGGCCCUAGAGUGGGCCAGAAGGGCCUUCGGACGCAGACAGCAGUGGCAGCUCGGCAAGAUUAUCAUGGCUUGCCUAGACACAUUAUGA